AUGACGGGCGUCCCCGCUGUGGGGUCAGCGCAGGUUACAUCCUCGAUGCAGUAUCGAGCACAGCCUUUCAUCAAGCUGGCCAUCGUAGUGCUCACCACAUUGGUCCACCUCAUCGCACCGGUUCUCUCUGCGCCGUUCUUUUCCGCUUCCCAACCGACUCUAAACGCAUUUGGAGCAGACUCUUCUUCGCGCCAUCAGCAUGAUCAAGAUGAUCCCGUCAGCGACCACCCGCUCAAACUCACCCUCGACAUUCUCACUAUCGCUGCACUGGUAGUGCUCGGAGGCGUCUUUGCAGGUCUCACGCUUGGUUUGAUGGGUCUGGACAUGGUCAAUCUGCAGGUCUUGGCUUCUUCGGGUUCAGAAAAGGAGCGCAAGCAUGCAACAAAGGUGCUCAGGCUUCUCGAGAAGGGUCGUCACUGGGUGCUCGUUGUCUUGCUCCUCGGCAACGUCAUUGUCAACGAAACGCUUCCCGUCUUCCUCUCCGAUUUCGGCGGUGGUCUUGCUGCUGUGCUUACGUCGACGCUACUCAUUGUCGUGUUCGGCGAGAUUGUCCCGCAAAGUAUCUGUGCUCGCUACGGUCUAGCUAUCGGCGCCUUCUGCGCUCCCAUGGUCCACAUCACUAUGCUCCUCAUGGCACCCAUUGCCUGGCCCACCGCAAAGUUGCUCGACUGGUGUCUCGGUGAGGAGCACGGCACCACCUACCGCAAAGCUGAGCUCAAGACCUUUGUCUCGCUCCAUCAACAGAUCGGCACAGAGCACUUGCAUGAAGACGAGGUCACCAUCAUCCGCGCUGUUCUCGAACUCAACGACAAGACUGUCAGGGACGUCAUGACACCCAUCGAAGACGUUUUCAUCAUGUCCAGCGAUACCAUCCUCGACGAAGAAGGCGUCGCGAAGCUCGUCCGAUCAGGUUAUUCCCGUGUCCCGAUUCACGAGCCAGGCAGGAAGGACGCCAUUGUCGGUAUGCUACUCGUCAAGAACCUGAUUCAAUACGACCCCGAAGACGCUCAGGCUGUGUCCAGCUUCCACCUCACACCACUUCCCGAAGCUAGCAACGAUCUCACCCUCCUCGACUGUCUCAACUACUUCCAACAAGGUCGCAGUCACAUGAUCCUCGUUUCCAACCAUCCCGGUGAAUCUCGCGGUGCGCUCGGCGUCGUCACUCUGGAGGAUGUGAUCGAGGAGAUGAUUGGCGAGGAAAUCGUCGAUGAGACCGACAUCUAUGUCGACGUACACAAUAAGAUCAAGGUGGUCCGCAAUCACCGUCAAAACUCCAAAGAUGCCGGCCACAAUUGGCAGCCUCUGAUCCAAGGCAUCAUCGAACGACGACGAAAGCUCGGCGGUCCUAUGAAAGUUCCCCUCCGCAGCAGCUAUGGCACCGUCGGCAUCAUGGACCCCGACCACAAUGCCAGGAAAGAUACCAAGUAUGGCGUGCCAAAUGUCAACGUGCGCGCUGUCGAUAAGGUGGCCAUCAAGCGUCCUGGCUCGCCACAAUCAGUCGUCAGUAUCUCUCGCAAAGCAUCCGAUUCUUACGAGCCAACUACUCCACUUCGUCGCGAGAGCACUUCUUCUGUAGCCACCUCUCUAGACGGGCUCAACUACCAGGAACUUCAUCGUGCAGCGUUCAUCAACCAGGGCGGGAGCGCACAUAAAUCUUAUUCAGAGCCAUACAUCGUCGAGGUGGGCAGUCAGGGCCGUCAGCCUCAAAUCGUCCGCAUCUCCGAUAUCCAGGAAUUUCCAGGAGCAGAAGAGCGCGCAAGAAAAGACGAUGUGCGAAAUCGACGUGACAACGAGGGCGAACAGCGGAAUGGUAACAGUCAUGAGCAAGGUCGAAGUGCAGAUCAGAACCAGGAAGACGGGGAGAGGCGACCGCUCUUAGACGGGAUCAAGAAAGUUCUUGGCCAGUCCGAUUAA